UUGAUAGUAUUUGGAAAGGAGAAACCUUGUUCGUUGCAUAAUCUUGGCCCACCCCACCGUUGUUUUUAAUUUUCUUAUCGCCAAGUUCAGAAGUUACUUGUUUUUACAGGCGACCGUAGUACGAUGCGAAUUCAGUGUUAGUUAAACGUAUCAUCGUUGAUACUAAAGAACGAAUGUGUAAUCCGAUAUUCAGGUAUAAUUUACGUAAAAUUCCAGUAUUUUUAAUCGUUUUAAGUACUCGUGUGCUUGAAUGGCGUAUAAUAAUUCUCGUAUAUUUAACUCGUUCCUAACAACGACGAUGGUUUGAUUAUUCGUAACAUCUCACUUCAUAUAUAUUAUACCUAUCGACGGUACGAUGGUAAAAAAAAUGGGUUGAAAAGGAAUUCAGUUCGUCAUCGGCAUCAUAGUGGAUCAAAAGUCGUCGAUAGAACGAUGCUCAAGUCGAUAUCCGGCCACUGAGAAGAGCCAUGAGCCAUGAUGAAGCGGACCCGUUCGCCACAACAGUGCACCGGAAGAUCAUCGUGAAUGGACCUCAACUCCAAAGCUACGUUACGAAUUCCAUAUCGACGACGAAAUACAACAUUUUCACAUUCUUACCGAAAUUUCUAUUCGAGCAAUUCCAUAACCUGACGAAUUGUUUUUUUUUACUCGUCGCUAUCAUCCAGCAGUUUCCCGAAGCUUCAUCUCUGGGCAGGUACACGACGCUGAUACCGUUAUGUAUCAUAUUAUCAUUAUCCGGUGUGAAAGAGAUACUGGAAGAUUUCCAAAGACACAGAGCCGAUCGAAGAGUGAACAAAAAAGUAACUCAAGUUCUACGUUAUCUCAACUGGGAGCCUACAGAAUGGCGCCAUGUUCAGGUCGGCGAUCUCGUCCGGGUCUACAACGACGAAAGUUUCCCAGCCGAUUUGCUCCUGUUGCAGUGCAGCUGCGAAGCCGGCGUUGGCUACAUCGAGACGGUGAAUUUAGACGGUGAAAAUAAUCUUAAAAUUCGUCAUCACGUACCCGGAGUUAAUCAAGAAACUCAUCCUAGCGAGCUGAGCGGUAUAGUCGAAUGCGAUCUGCCCAACGAACUUAUUUAUAAAUUCAACGGCAUAUAUCAUUUCGAAGAAGAAAAAGUAUCGCUGAAACAGAACCACUUGUUACUGCGAGGUGCCAUGUUGAGGAACACGAGCUGGAUCAUUGGUUUGGUGAUUUAUACCGGUAAAGAGACGAAGAUUAUGCGCAAUUCUAGUCAAACGAGUAUGAAGCGAUCGUCCGUUUCGGUGAUUGUUAAUAAACAAGUGUUAAUACUGUUCGCCAUGUUCAUCGCGUUCACUCUGCUUCAUGGCAUACUGUUCAUGUGGUGGAAUAACGAAAACUAUCAGUCGCAUUGGUAUUUACCUUUGAAGAAGCAAGACAUCAAAGAAACCAGUACGCUGAUAACGUUUCUAGUCUUCGGUAUAAUAUACUCGAUCAUGAUACCUAUUUCGCUUCAGGUCAUGCAAGAGUUAUCUAGGUAUAUUCAAGGUUCGUUCAUCAGUAAUGACGCGGAUAUGUACUAUGCCGAAAUGGACGUCCAAGCUUUGGUGAAAACUUCCAGUCUGAACGAAGAUCUCGGUUUGGUCAAAUACGUGCUGACAGAUAAAACCGGUACGUUGACGAAAAACGUGCUGGAAUUCAAGUGUUGCUCGAUCGAAGGCCUGAUCUACGACGAGACGAAUUUCGACUCCUUGGAACAUACCGGUAAAGGAGACUCGAAUAUGUUUCAUCAUUUAUUCGUCGCCAUCUGCGUCUGUCCUGGAGUAGUACCGGUGCAGCAGGAUGGAGAAAUAUCGUACUUCGCCUCGUCUCCGGAUCACAAAGCCUUGCUGCAGGCUGCUCGUAACUUCAACUACGAGCUAACCGAACGAGAUCAUACCAGAGCUGUGGUCAAAGUCGGUUCGAAGUAUCAAACGUACCAUAUUCUGUGCGAUUUCGAUUUCAACAACGAUCGACGUCGAACAUCGGUUAUCGUCGAGAACCCCCAACAUGAGAUCGUUCUGUACUGUAUGGGAGCUGAUGACGUCAUAUUCCAACGCUUGACCGGUAACAUGAGAUAUCUGGACGUGACCAGCGAACACCUGGAUGAAUUUUCAUCUCGAGGGCUGAGGACUUUAUGUAUUGCUAUGGCCAAAGUAGACCGAGGUCGUUUCCAAGACUGGUAUCCGCUUUAUAAAGAAGCCCAAGAGUCUCUAGUCCAAGCAAAUUUGAUCGACAAAGCCGAAAACGCCAUCGUCCAGGGGCUUACUCUAGUCGGCGCUACAGCAGUCGAGGAUAAACUGCAAGACGACGUACCGGAGACGAUUUUUAACCUAUUAGAAGCUGGUAUCCAUAUAUGGAUGUUGACUGGUGACAAACAAGAGACAGCUAUCAACAUAGGAUUCGCUUGCAGAUUACUCAACGCUGAUAUGCCUCUGAUAGCCUUGAACGUAGAAAACUUGGAUAAGCUUAGGUACAUGAUCGAUCAACAAAUCAGAAUCCUCGGUGACAACUACGGUAAACCUGACAACGACUAUAGUCUCGUUAUAACCGGAGCCUGUCUCCAAAUGCUGCUCGAUUCGCCCUUAGACGCCAAAGACCUCAUCAAACUCAUGCUCAGCUGCCGGUCCGUGAUCUGCUGUCGAACCACUCCCAAGCAGAAAGCACUAGUCGCCAAACACGUCGAUAAACAUACCAAUCACGUGACCUUGGCCAUCGGCGACGGAGCCAAUGACGUAGCUAUGAUACAAACCGCCUCGAUCGGUGUUGGAAUCUCCGGCAAUGAAGGCCUGCAAGCUGCCAACGCCGCUGACUACUCCAUCGGCCAAUUUAAAUACCUCAAGAAGCUCUUACUAGUCCAUGGCACUUGGAGUUACAAUCGCAUCUGCAAAAUGAUCUACUUCAUUUACUACAAGAACGUGGUCAUAGCUACGAUGCAGUUCUACCUCACCUCGGUGAUGGCCUGGUCCGGUAUGUUGUUCUUCGAUCGAUGGGCUCGUAUGCUCUACAACGUCCUGCUCACCGGAGCACCCACCUUAGCUAUGGGGAUUUUUGAACAAAACGCCGCAGCUGAUUUGCUCAUGGAGCAGCCUCACAUUUACACCAGGAACGUGUGGUUUAAUAUGAAAUCUUUCAUCUGCUGUAUCAUAAACGGUGUCUUCCACGGUAUGUUUUUAACCUGGAUGUCGUUCGGUAUAUUCCAAACCGGCGUGUAUUGGUCUUCCGGCCGUACCGAUGUGUACCUUAUCGAAGGCAACAUGGUGUAUACGGUUUUGAUUAUCAUCGUUUGCCUAAAAAGUGGACUUCAUACGUUACAUUGGACCAAUUUAACUUUCCUCUGCAUCAUCGGAUCGGUAUUCUGUUGGAUCGUUUUGCUGGCAAUACUGAGUUACACGUGGCCAUACUUGGGAAUGGGAGAAGAUAUGCCUGGUGCCAUAUGGACCAUACUAAAAACACCUUAUUUUUGGACGUACUGCGUCAUCUGUAUUUUCGCCAUAUUGAUGAUAGAUACCAUAGUAAUCAUCCUCUAUCGUACGUUCAAGGAGAGGAUUAUCAAUUGGUUAAGAGCCAGGCACCUGAUACCGUUUAUAGAAUGAUCAUGCAACGAGUUUGGAUUGGAUUCCCUCAGUUCUCCGGUGAGACAUGGCUGGUGUUAUGAUGACGCUUCGUUGUGACGAGAAGCAGAAGAUGUGCUAACUUGUUCGUGAAAUUAUGACGACAGAAGUCGAUUUGUGUUGAUCGUUGAACUGAAUCGUUACAAUGGCAGAAGUUAAUUCGAUCCUGAAGCCAUUGAUUACCUAUACCUACCUAUAUAUUUUCCAUCAUCGUAUUUCUUUUCGUACCAGAGUAUUUUUACUAUUAUUACUACCUACCUAUAUUAUGUUUAUGUUGACGACGUGACGUGAGAGUUGUUUUUUUUUGUCCUUUAAUUUAAGUUGAAUUAAUUUUUUUAUCAUUGAAAGGUUGAUCCUUUAUGAAUUAGUUAUUUUAUACCUACGUUAAAAAGACUUUUGUUUCGAUUUUCUCGUUGUUUUUUGAUUGUUCUUUUUUAAAUGACUUUUUUUUUUUGGUUUUUGAUGUGUCGUAAUUUAUAUGUGGUUAUUACUUAUUACUUUUGAAAAAGUGAUGACUGAUAAGUUGUAAUAUUGUUACCAUUUUUUUUUAAAUAUUGCAUUUAUCGUAUUUAUGAGAAUAAAUUUUUAAAACGAA